AUGGCUGGCUUACAAGGGAGGGGUUUGACAACACCAACUCGAAUCUUUAUCAUGACACAACAGGAAGCUAACACCUCUAACACUGUGGUGUCGAGUAACCUUUGCAUUGGAAGUUUUGAUGUGGAUGUUUUGAUUGAUCCUGGGUAUAUAGUGUCAGAGAAUGGAAUUGAAGUAGAUCCUAAGAAGGUUGAAGCAGUGGCAGAUUGGAUGAGGUUGACUACAGUGAUUGAGAUUAAGAGUUUUCUAGGUUUGGCGGGCUAUUAUAGGAGAUUUGUACCUAAUUUCUCUAAGAUAGCUGCUCUAAUAACUAGGUUAACUCAGAAGAGUAAGAAGUCUGAAUGGAGUGAUGAAUGUGAGGAGAGCUUUCAGAAGCUUAAGGAGUGUCUGAUUUUUAUAUCAGUAUUGGCUUUGCCUAGGAGCAAUGAAGAUUUCAUAGUUUACUGCGAUGCCUCCAUAGUGGGUUUAGGAAGUGUUCUUAUACAUAAUAGAAAAGUAAUAGCUUAUGCUUCAAGAUAG